AUGCCACCAAAUUUACCUCGUAGCGGAGAAGUUACUAAAUCUGCAAGCAGGAAAAAUAGGAUUAUCAUUUCAGAGCUAACUACAACAAGUAAUCCAGCACCACUGCCUCCAUUGAUGAACCUGUUUGGUGGUGUCGUUGGAGGACCACCGCAAUAUUCUUUGCCCACUCUUCCACCACCACCAACCACGAGUACAUUAGCUUUACGACAGAUCUGUAGUUUGCCACCUUUAACAGGAAACUGCAGUCGAGCCAGAAUAAUGUGGUACUAUGAUAAUGAGACGGGGAAGUGCGAACGUUUUAGCUUCAGCGGUUGUGGAAACCUCAACAGAUUCCCAAGCAAGGCUCAGUGUGAACAAGCAUGCAUUGGACAAGGAUGA